AUGUUAACAGAAAUAUUGCUUUACCUCUUAAUCCCAAACUUGUCGCGCCCUCAACUGAACAGGGAUCUCCGUUUGGUCAACGAUCAAGUAAAAGAAGUCCAGGAUAUACAACCGCUUCUUUCGCAUCUUGAAUCACGGAAUGACAGAAAAGAUUUAGUAAUUCCCAAUGACUUAAAAGAAAUUUAUAACCAACCUUCUAAAAAUUAUAAUUUUUAUGACGAAAAAAUGGUAAUGAAAGAAACUCACAAGAUUCCUUAUAAAGAAGAUGACUUUAAAUUUUCUACUGAAGUCAGUGAUGUAUGGCAAGAUACAACAACCAUCACACAAGAGCUAACUUCUACACAAACAGAGAAGAAUAAUAUAAUAUUUACCGAAAAUCUUUCUUCAAAAAUUAAUGAAAAUACCACUGAAGAUAUAUGUACAUAUUUGAAGAAAACGAAGUGCAAUGAGAAUAAUGGAUUAAUUUAUACAACGAUAUUAUCCCAAUCGUUAAAAUCAUUCAACACGUUUCUAGUUUGUUGUAUUUUAUCAUUACCAUUACAAACCAAAUAUGAUAUUGUUCCCACGUUUGCGGGCAGAAGACGAUUUAGGAGAUCAAAUAAGGAAGUGACACCUUUGAGCCAGAGAGAAUUUCUGAUUAGAAACAAAUUUGGGGUUCAAAAUUCACAGCCCAUAGCAUCCGUUCCAAAAAUAGUAACUGCAGGUUAUGACUCCGCUGAUCCCUAUUGGAACGUCAAAAACUCUUAUUUCAAAGGUACCAGUAAACAAGAUGGCAUUAAACAAGAUUACUCUCCAGAUUAUGUUGAAGAUUACGUAGUUGAAUUGCCUAGACCUGGGCUGGUUGGGUUAUAUUCGGAUUACGAAAAGUUACCUCCAAGUUGGAUAAAUAUGAAAGAUAAUCCAAAUCCACCUUAUGACAUCAAUGAUGAUUACAGUGAAGAAGAUGUAACCUCUUUUGGAUAUUCUACAAUUGAUCCCAGAAGAGUAUUGCUGUCUAAAUCUCAAAAAAGGAGAAGACCCACUAAAAUUACAACAGAACUACCAGAAGAAGAGACAACGCUUGAUGUAGAAAGCCAAAAAGUAAAUUUCCAAUCGAACCCUAAUUUUCAUGUGUUACAAGGAUUUAAGCUCUUAAACUUGGGGCGGCCUAAAAACAAAUUUUACAUGAAGAAUUCGAAGAGAAGCACGACCAAGUCAAGUGUAGAAAACGACAGCAAUGAAAGUUUAGAUAAUAAAAGUCCAGAUGGAGAACAAGUUUACAGGCGUUGCGGCAAAACAUCGAUGAACCAACAUAAGAAAGAAGAAAUUGGAGAAAAUGAACUGAGUGAAGCGGAAAGUGGCUCAUAUCCUUUUUUGGCUAUAAUAGUACCAUCAAGAAGACCACAAAACGUUUUAUGCUACGCGACGAUCGUCCAUCCCCGAAUGGCAAUCACGGCUGGAGACUGCGUUACUGAGUACACUAUCACGACGUCUGAUAAAGAUAUUUUAGUUAUAGUCACCGGCUUGACUGAUAUUAAGGAGCGAUCAGAAACACAAAACCGUUUAGUAACCAUUCAUUUACACCCUCAAUGGAGACGUGCGAUUUUGGCUCACAAUCUUGCUAUUCUGCACUGGAACAGCCCUCUCCAAUUUAAUGUGAAAGUGCAACCAGCAUGCCUUUCGAGUGCUCGUGAUACAGAGGACUGUAAGUUUUAUGGUUGGAGCGGAUUCGAUCAAGCUGUGCGUCAACGCGUUUGGUGGCAGAAAACAUCACUGAUAUCUUCCCAAGAUUGCACCAAUCAGUUCUCCAAGCCGAUGUCGCUGCCAAGCGACGCAUUCUGCGCCACCGUUCAAUCACGGGGUACCGUGACAGGAAUUGGUGGCUCGUUAAUAUGCAACAUAGAAGGGCGCGCCACUGCUGUGGGGGUCGCCGUUUACAGAGACAAUGCGAUCGUGCUCAUUCCAGCACACGACUGGCUUCUCCGGGCGAUGCAAGAUUUAAAUAUUAACUGA